CUGUAUGUAUGCACACGUAAAUACCUGCAUACACGAUCUUCGAUUUUACCGCCUCUCGUGUGAAACUUGAGAAACUGUGCAAACUUACAUGUUGUAUUUAAUUCAGAAAAAGAAAGGUUAUGAUUUCCUAUUCAGAAAGUAAAUAAAUUUGAAGACUUUAACAAUUAAUUGGAUACCUUCAUUUAUUACACAAAAUAUAAAAAUGUAUUGUACACGAAUGUUAACUCUUCGAAAGAAAGAAUUACUUUCUUCCACAACAAGGUAUAUUAUGGACCAGCAAUGUAUCAUUACAACAAGUACAGAUUUUUCAACGAGGCCUCAACUUUGUCAGUUUUCUAAAAAUGUUAAUGCAACUGCUACUUCUACAAAUGAAACUGUGAUACCAGAAGGACCCCAGGGACUUAAAAAGUUAUUUAUCAAAAUGGGUUUCAACAAAUAUAGAUUAAUGUCAUUAGGUUAUGUCAUGUAUGGGAAUAUAGUUGACAAACUCAACUAUUCAGCAUUUUAUGAAGUUUUUAAAAUGCCAGACACAUUCUUCUCUUGGUUUUUGGUCACAGAAUUGCAUGUUUGGAUGUUAAUGGUACGUUAUAUGGGUGAAGGAAAGGAUGGUAAACUUGUUAGACAUAAUCUGGUAGAAGCCAUGUGGAAAGAUGUUGAUGGUAGAAUAAAUAAACUUGGUCACAUUAGUUCAAAAAUAAAAAAGAAGCAAGUGCUUCAACUAUUAGCACAAUUCAAUACUGCUCUUCUUGAUUAUGACGAAGGACUUUUAUCAGAUGAUAAAGUAUUAGCUGGAGCAAUUUGGAGAAUAUUUUUUUGUUCUGAGUGUAACAAUCCAGAGCAGGUUGAACAAAUUCUAAUUUAUGUGAGGAAACAGAUUAGCAUAUUAGAUAAAAUAUCAUCACAACAAAUUCUUUGUAAUUCAAAGUUCGAGUGGAUUGAUUUGAGAAGUGUAAGGUAGAGUUUAAUAUUUUUGUAAAUAGACUUGUAAAUAUUACUUGAAACUCAUAUAAUAAACAUGUUUUAUGAUCAAA